AUGAAGCCUCCUGCCCUGCCAUACGUUCUCCGAACGUCACUGGAGCCGCUGGACCAGGAACGCAGAGGCACAGUUCUACCUCCCUGCAGCUGGACCAGACGAGAGCCUUCUGCUCGGUGCUGCACUCAAACUGCAUCUUCCAGUCCGCCCGACCGUCCAGGGCCGGAGCGCGGAUUUCCAGGGCUGCUCCGCACCCCAGAGAGGCCAGCUCCGCGCCAGAGAGCGCGCCGCCCUUCAGGCCCCGCCCCCGCCCCGCCCCCGGCAGCACGCAGCCCCGCCCCAGUCGCGGGGCGUGCCGGGACGACGCGACCCGCUAACACCUCAGGGCAGGCCGUUGCGGACGCCGCGGGAGUGGAUUCCAUGGCUGCGUUAGGCCUCGCUUCUUUGCUGGGCCGCGUCCCGGCUACAGCGUGGAGAGCGGCAAUCUUCACUCUGCCAGGAUCACCCCUUCUGUGUAAUUCUUUGAGGAAAAUAAGUUCUCAAGGAGGAAAACCUGAACCUAGCAAACAACCUCUUAAGAAGCCAAAGUUACCAGAAGGUCGUUUUGAUGCGCCAGAAGAUUCCAAUUUAGAGAAGGAACCCCUGACAAAAUUUCCAGAUGAUAUUAAUCCUGUUACAAAAGAGAAAGGUGGACCCAGAGGCCCAGAACCUACCCGAUACGGAGAUUGGGAACGAAAAGGACGCUGUAUUGAUUUUUAAGCCACAUGUUGUUUAACUGCAGUAUCUUUUUCUGAUAGUGUACCUCUGAAUUAACUUAUUUUUGAUUAUUGUCUUUCUGUACAUCACUUAAGUCUCCUUAUUUCUAUAAUGUGUUUUAAAAUAUAUGUGAUAGCUUUGGAAGAAAAUAUGCUGCUAUAAAUUAGGAAAGAGGAAAUAUUUUUACAUUAGCAUAUUUUAAUUUAAAUGUUUUGGAGUAUUUAAGGGAUGAUUAGAGAUGCAAACUUUCAUUUCUUCAUGUUUCAAUUUAAGUUGACCAGUUGUUUAUAAAAUACAAGUGUAAAUAAAACAUUUUAAAAAUGA